AUGAUCCCAAAAACCAUUGGGCUAGGGAGCCAUAAGAGACAUGAUUUCCCAUCUUCAUUGGGAUUGGUGGCUGCCAAUGGUUUCAGAACCUGCCCAAUCCGAAAAGGAAAGACUGGGUUAAAAGAAAGGCUCUCAGAUCAAUGGACGGCAAUAGCAGCAAUGUCUCUCACCUGUUGCUACAACUGCCAUAUGAUGACUCGAGCAAGCCAUAAGCUAGUGCUCCAGCCUCCAGUAUAUUCUGACGCAAACAUUAAGCGGCAUAUAUUCCCUGAAAUUUCAGACCAGCCAGGAGAUCCCAAAAUGCGCCUGCUCGAAUGCGCAUUUUCAGAAAAAAGAAGGAGGAGGAAAUCAUCAUUACUCAUUCAUCAACUGCGGUCUCGGUUGAUGGCUAUCUCCCACCGACAGUUGAGUGCGAAAGCGGAGACUAAAAGGUGUCUGUCACCUUUUGUUGUCAAUUGGCUUGGCACCAAACCACCAAGACCAAGACCGGACCCAGUCACCGAGCCUAACCUUCAUCAAUCCCUCGACUCCGCAAUUGUUCCUUCUUCUCUUUCUCCCUUUGCUCUUUAUGGGACGAUCGAUAUUUGUGUAGGCAAUUUAGGGUUCUUGUAA